AUUUCCGCUUCCUCUACUUUCUCUUAUGUUUUAUGGCUCCAUCCCUCUUUUUCGCUUGAUAUUCCCUUCCCCAUUUGCCCCCAGGGGGGCCUUCGUGGCUGGUCUCCACGACAUUUCGGAGAUCGUGCCAUUCCCAGAUAACAAGCUCUUGGGCCCAUCAGCGCACGGCCUGGGAGCUUGGCUGUUCGAUCCUGUACGUACCACGCCUCCAU